CCAAAGCCUUCUGCUUUCUACACCAUCAAAAAUAGAAACCCACUUAUAAUUACCAUUUUUUACUCUUAUUUCUUUACUUUAGCUUCAUUCUCUUCUUCCUCUUCUGGUUGUUUUACUCUAUCAAACAUUUUGGAGAUGGAGCAGAUUUAGGGUUUUCUUGAUUCCUCUUCUUUGUUUUUUCUUUUUACCGAGAAAAUUCAGGAGGAGAGAGACCACUAAAAUGGGGAGAGGUAGGGUUCAGUUGAAGCGGAUCGAGAACAAAAUUAGCAGACAGGUGACGUUCUCAAAGCGAAGAGCUGGUUUGCUCAAGAAAGCUCGUGAGAUCUCUGUGUUGUGUGAUGCUGAUGUUGCUUUGAUUGUCUUCUCCACAAAAGGGAAACUCUUUGAGUUCGCAACCGAUUCCAGCAUGGAUACGAUCCUUGAACGAUAUGAGAGGCAUGUAUAUGCACAGGACCAACCUCUCCUUACUGAUUCUGAAGCUCAGGGAAACUGGUGCCUGGAAUAUCCCAAGCUCAUGAGCAGGAUUGAAGUCUUACAAAGGAACAUAAGUCACUACAUGGGAGAUGCCCUGGAUGCACUGAGUCUCAGAGAGCUGCAAAACUUGGAGCAGCAGAUCGAUACUGGCCUGAAGCGCAUACGAUCCAGGAAGAACCACUUAAUUAAUGAAUCCAUCUCGGAUUUGCAGAAGAAGGAAAGAGCCCUUCAGGACCAAAACACCAUGCUUGCCAAGAAGGUCAAGCAAAACGAGAAGGAACUCAAUGAACGCGUACAAUUGGAACAGCAAAACCAGUUGGGCUACAGCUCAUCGUCCUUCAUGCUUCCAUCACCACCUCCACCCAUAACACUCCCUUUAACUAUGGGGAGCAGUUUCCAGGCUUUGAGAGAUGCAAUGGAUGACGCUAGUGUACAAAAGAGGCCCAAUAUCAACACUCUUAUACCACCUUGGAUGCUUCGACCUUUGAACAAAUAG